CUUCCAAGCCUCUAUCGAUCUGGACUUGUUCAGCCCUUGUCUUGGCGGCUGUCUCUAAUUAUUUUUUGCUUCUUUCGCCCUUUCGGUAUUUUUCAUGUCAUUUGAGGUCGUCCCAACCCUGGGCUUGAUUGUGGCUUUCAUAGCCACCCCGCCUAUGAUAGAAUGUCUUUCUCCUUAGCUAUUUUGUCAACGGCAUACUGACGGACUUGUGGCCGAUCCGAUUGCAGAGAUGUGGCCACGCCAGCAACAAUCAGUCGACAGGUUAUUACUGAGCAAAACCGAUGCCUCGCUAAGUGGCGCCUCUAAACCUAGACUCACGAAAGCCAUGCCACAACCUUGAGUCACGGCAAUGGCGAUUCCACGUGAUAGGUAUUUUGCUACUGUAUCAACUAACUUACCUACCUAGGUACCUAAGUAUCAAAACAUCGUCAGACCUAGGUACGGCGACAGACGACAAAACAUCACAACCCACUUGACACGCAAAAGAGUUUAAGCAUACGAAUUGCCAAGAUGGGCCGUCUGAUGUUCUGUAAGCCGAUAAUUGUUAAAAUACCAAAUUUGGCCCCUGACUUGAUCCUUCAUUCUACAAAAAUCUACUUUCAAUCUCGUAUUAUUGGACCAUCUCAGGUGUGCAGGGGGGCAUAGGAUGGCGUCCGGUGUUGGGCGAGAGUGGUCGAAGCAGGCAGCCGGUUUGAAAACGUACUCCAUCAUCUUACCCACUGAAAAGGCUCCCCUCGACUAGAGUAACCAACGCUCAUCCGUGAGCUUUCAACGGGUGCACAAAGGGCCUUUCCUACACCAGCACGCAGGGGAAAUCAGGCCAACGGUCUUGACGGACACUUAGCGCGCUGAAAUUACAAGGCUGUCCGCAUGGCUCCUACGGGCUUUGACUAUUCGAUGCUUGCCAAAGAUUUGCACGUUAGUUGCCACCGGUUCCCUCAGGGUUAUCUUCUUGUGCAUAACUCACCUCCCAUACCUAUGGCGUCAAGCGCCACUCGAUCCGCGUUCACGCCAUGGCCCAAAGGACUCGAUCGUACUCAUUUACCCAAGUGGAUGGAGCUGGAGGGGGCUACGCCGGUGUGCGCCGCGGCGACAUCCUCCGCGCCUUUGUCACCCACUGUGACAUGGUUAUGUUGCGCUUGGCCCUUUUUUUCUCCUUCCACGCCUCACCUGGAGUUCACUACAGGGCGAAAGCCAUAGAUGGUAGAAAGGUCUUUCCGCUAAGACCGCUUGUGGAAAAGAAACCCGAACGCACGGUGAAGCCAUCGUUGGUUGAUCAUUUCGUUUUACACGCCCCUAUGCUCAUUUUGUUUGCUACCCGUUGUGUUUGGUACAAAAUCCUCAUGCAACCACCCGACUUCCCCCGCGCCAUAUUUUCCCCUCUUGCUCUGCUUCCUCUUUUGUUCCUUUGUCCAUAUACUUCAACUACAUGAUCAACUUUUCUUCUUCAUUCUAUCAACUGUUGUGUGACUCAAGUCUACCCAACGAGCGGAUUUAAACAUUGGUCUUCUAUAAUUAGACGACCAAGACAUACACACCGACAGAGGCAUACAGCUUUCUUCCGUGGCUGCGGAUCUUUCUGUUCUUUAUCUGGCCUGCUUUCUUUAGUGAUUUAUCUUUUUAGUACUCUAAUUUGAUACUGAGGGCAGAGUGAGGACUGCACCUAAAUCUAACUAGGGUUGAAGCAUCCCAUCACCCAGUAUCGCCUCUUCAGGCAUCUAUCACAAAAGAGUUCGAAAGCCUCAGCUUAGUGGACUAUAUUCUCUUCUUACUCACAAGUCGAUAAAAUGGGUGGCACAUUCUUUAUCAGCUGGGAGCUAUGGCAGCAGAUGACCUUUGUUUUGGCUUGCGCAAUUUGCGUCGUCAUCUUUGCUGGUCUCUGCAAGCUCACAUGGCAAAGUAGAUAUAUGAAGAAGCAGGAGGUGCUUGAUGAGGAGAAGCGUGCAAGGUUGCUUGAGAUGCGCAAGACGGGUUUACAAACUAAGCGUACUGGCGACAUUCCCUUUGGUGUUCGGGCCACACAAGCUGGUAUCGAGAUUGAAGGCAUCUGGGUAUCGAGGCCGUCGACCCCGAACCCCAACGCCAGCUCUACCGCCCUCAACAACCCUGCAUCCAUCGGCGUCACCCCCAACCCUCUCGCCAAGAACAAGUCACUCGACCCCAAGUCGGCAGCUGGCCCGGGCCGUAUCCGGAUGCCUUCGGGUUACAUCUCGCCGGCCGCCAGGUCGCCGACGUCCCCAGGCCACUUGGAUGGCCCUCCCGAUCUGAGCAGGAACAAGUCGACUCAUCAGCGAAGCGACAGCGGCCUCAAUAGCGAUGCCCUUCGCAUGUUGGAAGGCAAGCCACCCCACCAGCCCACCAACAACGCGACCUACGUGCCCAGGUCUUCGGCCCCGGAUACCCGUCAGCGUUCCAAGUCCCAGCCGCGCCAGCAGGGACGGUCACACUCUCGGCAGCGCGGUUCCGACUCUUCCAACGACGACGGUUACGGCGCUGAGACCCCUAGCCCGACUAGGGGCCAGUACAUGUACGCGGCAUCAGCGGGACCCUCGCGCAACGCAUCGGCCGUAAACCUCUCGUCUUACGCCGCCACCUCUUCAGGACACCCGACGAUCCCCAACUUCCCGCUCUCUUCACCGGAGCGGGAGCCCUGGAAUUCGGGCUACGCCGCUAGCGAAACUCAGCUGCCGCUGCUGUCAAACGCGGACGCCAUCUCGAUGCCCGAGCCAACAUUUGGUCCGGGUGAGGCCCACUACAGCAACAAGCCGCGACCUGGUCUACAGAAGAGGUAAUAAGGAAAGCGUAUAAAGUGUUAUUCUGUUGCAUGAAACAAAGAAACAAACAAAAAAACAACGCAUGGCAUUUGGACAAAAAGUGCACGGAUGGCGAUUCAUCUUUAGAUACACACCAGUAUUACAUCACGAUGUAUCUGGGCUUUCCUUUCUCUAUCUUCUCCUCUUUUUUUCUUCUUUUUGCUUUGCUCCUUUUCUUGCAUAUACCUCUCAAACGGUGGUUAUUGUUUAAGGGCGGUAAUGUGGGUUGAACCAAAACACGGAGCAUACUUUCUCUCUCUCUCUCUCUUUCUUUUUCAUCUUACCCCCUCAAACUAGACAUACAAACAAAG